AUGGAUCCUGCUGUAUAUGAUGAAGAUGCGUAUCGUGUUCAGUUGCUGCAAAAAAUGCGCACGAGUGAGACGAUCGUGUAUCAAGCGAUUUUUGCCCCGGAAAACAUUUCGGGUGGUGGACCCGUGCUCGUGGCUGCGACAAGCUUGGGGUUGAUACAUAUAUACCGACUCAGUCACGUGAUGACACCGGUAUACUGGGAUCAAGUUGGACGGGGCGAAAUGAGUGCAUUUCCAGGUCCAAAUCUGUCGUUUUUGGCACAUUCGACUCAGAUUUAUUCACUUUGUUUUGCGGGCAAUGACACGACCCCAUUACUAAUUAGUGGAGGAGAUCAGGAUUUUCGAGUGUGGAAGUGGAAGGACAUUUUGUUGGCUGUGGAAGAUCCUGCACGGACUAAAACACUAGAACCUGUACAUAUUGGUCGCUUAAAGUGCCGUACAUUAGGAUUUAGAGGAGCACUAUUACCAGCUACGGAGAUUAAUGAUGUGACAGUGAGCAAGAAUACUGGACAUUUGUUCUUGGCGGGUGGAGACAGCGUCGCACACGAGUGGGAUAUCGACACGCAGCAGUUUACAAGACAGUUCGAAGGCCAUGAGGAUUACUUGCAUGCUGUACGUCAUUUGCAGCAUUCGCAGGAGCUCGUGACGGGCUCUGAAGAUGGCACACUCGGUAUUUGGGAUGUCCGUCAAAGCAAAAAGGUGGAAUUUCUGCGUCCUCAGCAAACAACGCAGUCCUCGUCGUCAGUAUUGUCGUCAUUAUGGAUUGGUGCUGUUGCACACGAUGAGUCUGAAAUGUGGCUAGCAUGUGGCGGUGGAACCAAACGAUCUCCUCGCUGUCACUCUCAUCGAGCACCAGCUACUGGUGGUUUCUUGGGUAUGUGGCAUUUACCCUCACGGGUGCCCGUGCACUACACUGCGACGACAUGCGAUGUGCAUGAUGUCGUUUUUCAUCACAUGGAAUUGCUUAGUGUGGGAAAUGAUGCCAGUUUGAAAAAGUGGAAUCGCAGCUCUGGUCAAUUGCUUGCAGCUACCAGAUCGACCCUACCGUCCUGCCAUUUUUGUGUGGUUGACAAGGCUACUGAUGUAAUUGCUGCUGGUGGUGCUGCACCUGCUAUUGAUAUUUACACCAUGUCCGGUGUUGUUAGUUUUUCACUGGUUGUUGCGGACAAGGAGUGUUAA